AUGUCCCGUCGCCAACAACUUUUAUCCAUCCUCUCGACUGAAUGCCACGUACAUGCAAGUUACAUAUACUUGCCCAGCUUACAUGACAGCGUAACUACCAAAAAGAUUCUUAUACCGUUUAUAUCGAGUGUGAUAAUUUUCAGUGCUGCCGAUUUUUUCACUGUUCAUCAGGAAAGCACUCAGUGCGUAAACCCGAUCCAACAAGCAACGAUUCAUAAUAACAACCUAUGCUUGACUCAAUCAUUAUUCGCUCUCGGCGGUGCAUAUGCUCUUGCUGGCUGGGCUUCUUUGUUACUCGUACACCUCCACCUCCUCUCUGUUUGGCGCAGCACCUUCAUAACAAAUCACAUAAUUGGCUUCCAUAUAAUUAUAUGGACUGUCUCUAUACUCGCAACGGUUAUUCCAAUAGCCACGGAUAGCGUAUCGAGCGGAAAUACGUGCUUUAUUGCAGCUAAAAAAGGAGCAUUUUACUAUAUUCCAAUGAGUUUUAUUUACAUUGCAUUUAUUUUACACGUUAUUACGUUUGGAUAUAUAACCAAUACCGUUCUAAAAGCCGGUGAGAGUGAUAAAAGGCGCAGUACGCUAAAGGCACGCGGAACGUUAUCUAGUGAGAACAUGAAAACCGGCAGUAAUCUUAGAAAGAUAUUUAGGCUCCAAUGGCGUGCUUUGGGAGGAGCACUCUUAAUGUUACUUAUAUACGUCACCGAUUGGGUUUUUUUCACCUUUAAAAACAAUGUACCAAAUUUUGGAGACCCAUGGUUUGAAGAAUGGCUUCAAUGCCUCACAACUGGCACUCAAACUUCAUGCUCUUCGAUCUCCGCCCCACAAUUUCCGCCGUUUUCCCUAAUAGUAUGGCUACUGCUCACCAACCGCUGUGUUGGAAUAUUCAUAUUUCUAUUACUUGCGGUUAAAAAAUCUAUAUUCUACGAGUGGACAGAAUUGUUGAGUAAUAAAAUUAGAGAGAGGAGAGAGACGACGCCAAUUUAA